AUGAGGUACAUCCAAAAGGAUACGCGUUGGCGCAACAAGCAGCGAGCCUUGGUCUUUUGCAGCCGUGGCGUCACUGCAAGGUUUCGGCACCUCUGCGACGACAUUCGCAAGAUGUUGCCGCACCACAAGACGGAGCCGAAGUUUGAGAAAAGAUCCAAUUUCAACGAGAUCAACGAGAUUUGCGAGUUGAAGAAUUGUAACAACGUGGUUUUCUUUGAAGCUCGGAAGCGCGAAGACUUGUACAUGUGGGUUGGCCGAGUUCCUUCCGGGCCCAGCAUAAAGUUCCAGGUGCUCAACGUUCACACAACACAAGAGGUAAGGCUGGCUGGAAAUUGUCUUCUGGGCUCACGCCCAAUUCUGUAUUUUGACAAGAACUUCGGCCAGCUCUCUUACUUGAAGCUCAUGAAGGAGUUGUUUAUUCAGGUCUUUGGGACUCCUCGGAAUCAUCCCAAGAGCAAGCCAUUUCACGACCACAUUAUGUGCUUCUAUUGGCUUGAUCGUAAGAUUUGGUUCAGACAUUAUCAGAUCUCUCCAGAGACACCAGACGACGCGGACAAGCCAGAAAAGCAGGUUCUAACAGAGAUUGGGCCACGCUUCGUCUUGGAUCCCAUCCGCAUUUUCGCUGGGAGUUUCAGUGGACAGACCUUGUAUCUUAAUCCACACUACAUGACCCCUACAGCUUUACGGGUGCAGGCACGAAAGUUGCUGAAGAAUCCCUAUGUGAAGAAGCUGGAAGACAAGGAGAAGUUGAAGCAGAGAAAGGAGGAGAAUGAGCUUUCGGAAGACCCUGUAGAUGAGACAUUCGAGUGA